AUCAAAUUGAAAAUGAAACCUGCAGGCUUCAAAUUGCAUUGCAGUAAAAAUAUUUACAAGCUACGAUGCAUCAAUAAACGUGCCGUAGACGGAUAGUGUGGGAUUUUUACAUUUGUGUAAAGAGUACAAGCUACAAACCAGUGCCAGUGGGCUUGUAGAGCACAGCUUGUAAGCGAGCAUCAAUAAAUAAAGCUGUUUGCUGAUAUUAAAACAUGCGAGCUCAAUCAGCACGGUAUGGUUAUCUUGUGUACGUAUUUCAUGGCGAUGCACAGAGAAUGAAACGGAAGCCUGAGAAAAAAUGGGUUCUCUAUGGCCUAUGGACCCACUCGUCUUGUCCUGUAGUGCAAUAUAUUUGUGAAGAAAGCGAUCGCUCGGCCGAGAGGUUAGGACUUGAGUUACUUGGCCAGUGUAUUCCUCAAUCAAAUAGACAGAUUCAAAAUAGCUCCAAUCGUGGACGUUGGUUGGUUGUUCAGAAUGAUGGUGUAAAAUUGGAUGCUGUUUUGGGUCAAGGCAAUGGUCUUGCUCCUCUUCGCUGUUCUAUCAAGGUACGAAUUACAAUACAGCUGAAAUCAGAUUGAGUUUAUGAGAAAUGAGAAUGAUAUGAGAGUUCAUGAUAGUUGUAUAUUAAACUGUUGCUCAUGGCAACGCUGAUCUGCUCAAAGUGGCGGGAGAAAACACUACACAACGUUUGCCUAAAACUGCUGCAUGCAACCCGCUAAACAGCUUAUUGAGUAGUAUUGUGUAAAUCAAGCACUCAUCUACGACAACGUAGGCAAACAGAGCCUUACUUUUGGAGGUUGAAGUGAAGGUGUGAGUGUGGCUAGUGGCCAGGUCCGGGGGCAUGCUCCCCUUGAAAAAUUUUGACAUCUAGAGUUCCUGAAAUGCAGGGGCAUUGGAAGCGGGGGGUCCGGGCCUCCACUUUUUUAGUUGGGGACCUAAAUGUCUUUGCCCCCCCCCCCCACUUUUUAACAAUCCGUAAUAAACCACAAAGUUAAUUGAUAUUAUUUUGGUUAUGGGUGGGGACAGAACAAUUUUAUAUAUUUGAUGACAUUUUGUUAACUUUAGAGCACUGUAAAUCUCCUUCUAAAGUGCAGGAAAUGGUAUUUCAGAGACUCUAGUUUUAAAAUUUUUCUAGGGGCAACAUGCCCCGAACCUUUCUAGAUUGUCACUCGCCUUCGGGGGUGCUAAGUGUGCCCCCACCCCCCACUUUUCAAGCCGCUCCGAAGCCCCUGCUGAAAUGCGAUUUCAAGCAUUUUUGGGGUGAAAUUUUGCAGAAUUCCGAAGAUUAUAAAAUACAUCGGACAUGAUUUUUACCUGAUAUUUCUCCUCGGAACUAAAUAAAUUGCAUGGAAAAGUUGUGUUCGAAAAUUGGAGGGACGAGUCUGUGUCACCCUAUUUCUCUUCUGUGCAUGAUGCUGGGGGAGGAAAUUCCCAAUUAAUGUAAUUUUGAACGGAAAUUUUGCAUUUACAGUGUAGAUAAUUCUGAGACACCAUUCUCGCAUACUAUUUAAUAGUUGAAUAUCUAAACUAAAUCCAUAUUCAUGGACCAAAUAUACGAAUGAUUUAACAAGAUUUCACACAUUAACUAGUGUCCUCCUCCAGUAAAUUGUUGUUGUCUUGGGUCAAGACUUAGUCAGUUUUAGCUUCAGGCAUGUAACAUGUAUCACCCCCUUCCCCCAAUUUCUCUGUGGAUUUAGACUUUUUGAGAGAAUGGUUUUUGUGGCGAUUUGGCACGAGAUACCUGCCUUGGCUAUGGAACUGUGGAUAUACAACUCGAGUUAGGCGUAAAAGAAAUACCUGUGGUUGCGGCCGUUUCAUAUCGUGAAAAAAUUAGAGUCUGUAGGUCGGAAAUAAAUUUAAAAAAAAAUUUUUUCAUGGUUUUGGCAGUUUUUUACUGGGCGAUUUGCAGUAGAGUCCCAACAUCAAUAUUAACUAGAGAUGCAUAUUUCCUAUGGAUGAAUUUAGGCAAUUUGGUAAAAUAAUUAGUUGAAUGCCAUUUUGGCACGCUGUACGAGCAGCCCGCAACCACCUGGAGAGAACAGGGUCGCACGGUCAAUCGCGUUGAAAAAAUAAUAGGGUCGGCAGAAAAAAAUAGGGUCGGUCGGGAACCGGAACCACAGGUAUUUUUUUUACGCCUUAAGCAUAUUGCAUGUGACAGUUUUAUAGGCAAAAGUUGUGUAAAUCUGCCUUUUUCCAACUCACGUCAACAUGCUCAAGACUUUAGUUGCAUUCACUGUACAGUACAUGCUCUUCAUUUUGUGGUGACUGUAUCUGAUGUAUAUCAUCAUACAGGUGCACUAUAUAUAUGAUAUACAUCAUCAUACACUGACACAUGCGACUAUUUCGGCCCACUGGCAGGAAUAAUUGAAACCUGUGACCCUCCAGUACGCUCUAACUAAUUGAUCGAGUCUAGUUGUCGAACUCUAACUGCAAGUUCAUGUAUACAUAUAACGGUGAUAUGCCACAGCUGCCUUAAAUUGGCAUCACCUUUAGUAUUUAUAAAUGAAGUGCAGUUAGAGUUCAGACAUACAAAGUCUCGCGCAUUUGGCAGGAGACUCCAGCAUUUUGGAGUCAUUAAUCAUUUCCCUCCCACAUGAAGACAAUUUGAAGAAAUCUCCCGCAUUCCUUGUGUUUUACCUGCAACACAGCAGUGUUGCAUGGGAGUGCUUAGGCUACCAGAAAAACACGAACAAAUUAUCUAGACACAUUCAUAUGUCUAUUGAUAUGUGUUGCACAGCUGAGCAAGAGUGCUCUGAAUCUUCUAUAUUAACUACAGUAUGUUUCAAGGUUCUCUGUAGCUCUAAGAGCGCUGCCCCGGAACCGCAGAGCUGCAGGUUCGAUUCCUGCCAGAGGGCCUAUAUAGUACGUACCUGCUCCUGGUUAUAUGUCUAAUAAAUGUAUAAAAAUUACACUCAGAAUUUCCAUCUACAAAUUCCUUAUAAUAAGCAAUUAGUUUUAAGACCAACCUUGUAUUUCCACAUUUCUGUAUAUAAGAGAUGUGUAAUGUUGGGCAAUUUCCUUCAAUGUCAGGCAAAUUCCAACCCCCCCCUAAUUUUAUUCUGUCCGUACACCUAUAGCUAUGCCUGGUGAUUAGCUCGGCCAAUUAGCUCUGGUAGGAGGCAGGCUUUGCACUUUUGACCCAGCUCAACCUGAAUCAACUGUAUGCAUGCACAAGAUAUAGGGAAGAAACAAAAGGGCAGAUAGAUAGAUAGAUAGAAAAACUUUAUUUAAACACGCUGACCCCGUCAACCGAAGCUGAUUUCCACGGGGGGCGUGUGCAAACUAUACAGAUACACUAAAAAGCUAUUUACAAAAUUAUAUAAGAUAUAUAGUAUUAAAUAAGUUAAAGUAAUUUAGAUAUAUUUACAAAUCAUUAAUCAAUCAGUCAAUGUGAGUAACGAUUUUUUUCCGAAAGGCAGAAAGGGAUUUGCUCUCUCUAAUUUCUUUUGGAAUUGAAUUCCAUAGGUGUGCUCCGUCAUACAUGAAACUUUUUUUCAUAUUAUUAGUACGCGGUUGUGGUAGACAAAGACCACUUGAAAUAUCUCGGAGGUGAUACUUUGUUUUCUCACCUUUAUAUGUGAAAAGAUUAGAGAGUGACUUGGGACCCAUUUUAUUUAAUAAUUUGUACAUUAUUUUUGCUUUCCCUUUCUUUCUUUCUGUUUUAAGUGUCUUCCAACCCAAUGCUUGCAGAGCAACAGAAUGAUCUGUGUCAUUGCUCAUAUUCAUAAUGAUUCGAGCAGCUCUAUUUUGGAGUUUUUGGAGUCUUUUUGAUUGUGUCUCACCAAACACAUCCCAUACUUCACAGCAGUAAUCGAAGUAUGGGCAGACCAAAAUUUGCCCAGUUUUGAUGGUUUUUCAUUUUUGACCAUUUUCACACAUUCUUUUAAUUAAUCAUUUGUCCCAUUGUUUAGUAGAAUUUUUCGAUUUCUUAUGUAGCAUUGCCCAAUUUUUAAUUGUUUGUGGCAUUGCCCAAUUUAUAGAAUUGCAUGACUGAUGACUUUUGAGUAGAAUUUUCCUGACUUAAAAAUUAUUGGACGGCUGCUUAAAUUUCCAUUAAAGGUUUUUAAAAAUUUACCAUGUAUACUAUCAAUGUAACUCAUACCAUUAUUGGCUAUUUUAGAUUUCCCAUUUAAACAUGGUUUUUUACUAAUUUAUCAUAUGGGAAAUCUAUAUUUAUAACCAAUAAUGGUAUAAGAGUAGUAUCCCAAAGGUCGCGGGUUCGAUUCCCACCGUGGUCAGGCAAACUUUUCAGCUUGCCCGGUGUGGAUUGCCUUGGAUUCCAGAGCCUUUGACAGUAAAUAAUAAAUUGAAAUGUCGCGAAGGCUCUGGUUCAACGGGGCGAUUCUUUGAUUAAACCGCGCCAAUCACAAAACAGAAUUAGUGGUUUAGUACAGAAUCUGUACUAAAACCACUAAUUCUGUUUUGUGAUUGGCGCGGUUCAACCAAAGAAUCGCCCCAUUGAACCAGAGCCUUUACGACAUUUUAAUUUAUUUACUGUCGAAGGCUCUGGAAUCCAGGGUAGGUGUGGAUGCGCACUCAGAGUAACAUCACAAACAUCAUAUUCACACAAAGAACAAUCAAUAUGGUAAGAGUUCAGUUUUUACAUUCAAAAAGCCAUUAAUGAAAAUUUGCAAUUUUUUUCUGUUCUCACUCCUACGCCUAUGACUGUAUUUUUUAAAUAGUAACUUCUGUGACACUUGUGGUCAGUUUGCAGUCCGUAAUGCAAUACAUACACCUGUAUGUGCACAUUACCAAGAAAUUUUUACUUGCUUUUAAACCAGGAGCUGCCAAUGGAAAGUCCAUUUUCAAAUCUUAUAUCUCGUCGUCCAAGAGCCUACCGUGAACGUUCACCAGAACGCAGGCAUACAAUAGUUGCGCCUGAACGACAUGCGCCCGAGAGACAUGCUCCUGCUGGCAGGCCUAGUGAAAGACAGACAGAAAGUCCAGUAAAUAAUCCACCCCUGCAGUGGUAUACUACAACACGUGGUGAAGAAAUUCUAAGAAAUAUUCAUACCUCCUGUAUUUCUAAUUUUCCAGCACCAAGUCUGGUCGAGAUGAGCAGAGAUGCUGUCGAUCACAAAAUACAAUUAUCAAUCAAGCAUAAUGAUAAAACAUUCAAUAUUCAUUUUCCAAACAAUUUUCCACAAAGCUCAGCACAUGUACUGUAUAGUAGUGGUAUUUAUUCCGACAUGAAAGUACCUGAUCAGGCCAAAAGUAAGGACGAUAUUGUCGGAAUAAUUAAACGUUAUUGCGCCUGUUAUAGAUGUAAAUAUCGAAGAUAAGAGAACAAUGGAGGUUUUUAGAUUACUAUAUCAUGAAUAAGUUCUUUGCAUGGAAAUAAGUAUUAUUGGUUUGUGGAAAACACAUUUUAAUAACUUCAAAAUGCUAACGAGAUGACAUAGCAAGAGUAAUUGGGUUGUUAUUAUUUGUUGACGUUAGGAGUCUAGUAAGGAAUUAUGCAAACGCGAGACCACAUCAACACCAAAUACAUGCAAACUCUUUCUAAAAAUAUAUUAAUAAACGUUAAUAAAUAUAUUCAUAUAAUAUUUACAUAGUACUUUCAAUUUCGUCUUUUUUCACACGAGCGUAUCAAGUUUUUAUUUCGUUCAAUGUCUAAGUUUCUUUCACAACCUCAGAAUCAGCUUUUGUGUUAUCGCUGCCAGCUUUACCAUCUUCUUCGACUGGUUUUGGUGUGGUAUCUGGCACAGAUGUUUCAUCUGUCUUGAUACCAACUACAUUUUGACCAUCAUCACCACUUUGACUUUCGUUCUGGACAGGAGUAUUGUUAAUGGUACCAUCUGUUACUGCUUCCUCUGCACCUUUAGUCUCAUUCUCAGCUGUGGUGUUAUCAUUGGUGGUUGUAUCAUCACUACCAUUGACAGUGGUACUAUCUUUAGUGGUAGUGGUAUUAUUGGUAUCCGCAGUUGUGGUGGUAUCGUCAUCUGGUUUGGUAACAUCAUCCUGAUUGGCACCAUUAUCUGGGCUGAUAUCUGCACUACCCUCAGCGUUAGUGGUACCAACCGUCUUACCAUCUUCACCAGUAAUACCAUCUUGGUUCUCCUUAGCGCUAUCAUCGGUAUCUUUUGUGCUAUCACCAGCUACUGUUUCACCGCCGCCGCCAUCUGCUGUGGCACCACCAUCAUCCGCUCUGGGUGUACCACCACCAUCCGCUCUUGGCGUACCACCAUCAUCCGCUCUCAGCGUACCAUCACCACUGGGCGUACCACCAGCUUCACCUUGAUCACCAGUUGUAUUACCAUCACUAGUUUUGCCUUGAUCACCACCAUCUUCUUGACUACCAUCAAUCUUCCCAGACUCGCCUUGACCACCAGUAUUAUCCUCUGUAAUUCUCACAUCACCCUCAGUACUCCGCAUUCCAUCCUCUAUAAAAUACAACAAGAAAUCGGCUGGUCAGUUUUGUAAGGUGCAAAAAAGACGUAUAGAAAGACUGGUUAUCUCGAGAGUUACCAUAAAAGCAGG